AUGAGCCAGCUCUACUGCCAAGACCGCUUCUGGUGCAUCAGAGGACUCCCCUUCCACACCCUUCUCUUCAUCUCUGUUUACAAGGAACUGUGUGAUUUUUGUCUGCUCACUUCGAUCUCUCUGUGUGUUCAGGGGAAUGCUCUCAAAGGUGGGCAAAAUCCCCAAAACUUUACGUGCAUUUCUGGCAGACUAGGAGAUCCAACUAAUGCCACAACAUGCGGCCAUAAAGAUGGAGACAACCUGUGCAUAUCUGUCCACAGCUGGUGGGCUUGUAUGAAUUACUACCUAGCAGUUGUACCCUUUCUGGGGGCACUGGAAAGUGGCGUCUUUGGAGAGCUGGCAUACGAGGUAGAAAUGCUGCCACCAGAUGAUAGAAGAGCUGACUUCUGCCGCAGUGUUGCUGAAUGCAAUGCCCAGGCACCACAACUCAUGGCUACCUGGAGGGCGUUUUUCAAGUACCUUUUAUCGACGACAUCAAGCUCUGAAAUACCUGCAGCCCAUUCCUUCUCACAAGAUGAAGCAUUGAACUACAUGUGGAAAGCUCGUGUUCUUAGCGACACUUAUGCAUUUCCAAAGUUUAGAAACCGACUGCCGUACCUCAGUGGUCCUGAAAGCAAAUUUGGGAAGGACUGGGCCACUACUGUUGACUUCAUUGGAGCCACACAUUUUCCAACUGAUCAGAACACUACCAACUAUUUUCAGACCGGCUUGCCACCACGCAUCCUUUUGGAAGCAGACAGAGCCCCUUCCAUUGCAGAUUUCACAUCUAGGCAAAAUCGAGUGCUGUUUCUAUUUGGUGCUCUUCGCAAGGCAAACAGUGAAACAGGAAACCUUUUGUUGCUCAUUUGGAGAAAGGCCAUGUCUACUGAAGAAGGAAGAAAAAAUGGCCGCAGACUUAUUGAAAUUAUGUUUUAGAGUAUCCGAUCUCUGGAAAUCCACACUUAUAUACACACACAAAUAAUUAAUUUAAUGGUCUGCUCAGUGGUGAAUUAA